CACAAUAUCAUCGCAUCUCAGGACGACGCACAUAACGCAACACAGUCAUCCUUGUUCACGGGUUUUUUAUGGCUAUAUAUACGCCAGGAGAAAGAGAGAGAGAGCGAGAGAGAACGAGUGUAGUUUUCCUCCAGCAUUCGGUCGUACUGGCGUGUUCGUUACGCGAUUCCGCAGUUCGAUUCGGGAAUGCAACGAGUGUACGACAAACCGUCCCCUACUGGUGUGCUCGCUGGUGGUCUAUCCGGAGUCGUCCUCGUUGUUCAUUCAUCUACAUCGGUGUGGUACUACCGUUGGUUGGUGGUCGUGGCUGUGCGGUAGAGGAGCAGGGCCGUAUCUGCCGUGUGCGCCGUGCGGUUACGAAAAGGGGAGCGAGCGAAACCUGCCCCCGCGCCCCGUGUGCUCGUGUAAUUUUAAACAGCUCAGUGUAUUGCAUUAAAAGCAUUCCUGCUGCUUAUCUAAGUAGAGUGAGAACGGAAAAGCAAAACGAAAAAAAGGAAAGAAACCGAAGAGAAGGUUGCACAGGAAGGCGCCUGUGCGUGUGUUUGUGCGAGGGUACAAGGGAGCUGGUGGUGGUGGUGGUGGCGAAGUGAAUGGUUGGUUCGUAGUGUGAUGGAUGGCAGUCGAUUCAUCCUGCAGGAAACUUGAAAGAAAAGGUCUUCCCCCGGACCGCACGACGGGAGCAGCUGGUGUCGUCUCUGCUGGUGUGACCGCUGCUACUGCUGCUGGUACUGCAGGAGUAGGAGUUAGCAGCAGCAACUCUGCCUGGGCAGCGACAAGGGCAGCCUGGUCCCGGGUGGGUGUCCUGUGUGUGUGUGUGUGUCUGUGUGUGUGUCUGUGUGCGCGCUAGGCUGCUGCGGAAAGAAGAGCCGUCCGUUCGCUUGUAGUGCAUGAAAUUUCUUCCUUCAUUAGAGGUGAACCGCAUUUUUUUGUGCUUUGGCAACCGGACCCAGUAUCGUGUACGGUGAUGGGGGAGGGCCCCCUGACGGGAGAUGCAACCACCCCAACGUUACAUACCGUCAGUUUCUGAUUUAUACGGUACGGACGAAAUAGAGUUCCUGCUGGACGAAAUACGGGAUCUCGAACCAGCCUGCUGUCAGCUGGAGGACAUCCAGGACUUUGAAAUAGCUGGCAGCAGAGCAGGGGAGCUUUCCAUAUCGCUCGAAUCACCGAUCGGCACGUGCACGUCCUGGGACUCGCAUGCACAUUACCGUCAAAGGAUAGGGAACACACCGCUACCGUGGGGCGUUGCGCUGCACUGCGACGCCUCACAUCUCACCAGCCCGACCGGCAUCGUGCGGAUACUGCUGGUGGUCUCAUCCGCCGCAUGUCUUGCCUGUGAGUGUUCCGCCGGCACGGUACAGGUCGGUCUGUUUCUACUGCCAUUGAUUGGGCGCCUGAGGUUGAUGGUUUUUUGCGCCCUGUUCUCCUUGUUAGUCACCUGUUUGAUGCUGUUUUUGGAUAUUUCACACAUAGCGUUAAUGUUUCCCUUCAACUGGGGAAGAUUGAAUGCAUGGAUGUACCUGACGAUUGGUUUAUUAUUUAUUGUGGGUUCAUCAUUGCUAAUACAUAUGGUAUUUUUCGCUGAAGAAUUCAUGUGGGUGCCAAAGCACUCGAAGGACACACUAUUCAUAUCAGCGAUUCUUGGCUACAUCUGCUCGAUCGAAGCGUGCGUGCUGGCGGCACUGACAAAAUGUCCGUCCCAGUACCGGCACGUCAUGGACGAGUACAGCGAGAUGUGUUUGGAGGAGCGCGAGCUGAGCCCCAUCUGCAGUAACGACAUCACCAACCAUAACCACACUACGGCUUCGAACGAUCUGUCGAACCAUCGGAGCUACAAUAAAAUCGAAACGGGUGAUAGCAUUACGCCAACGUGUAAUCAAAAACCUUACAUACCAGUGAAACGUCCCGACCAAUCGUACAACCAGCGACCUACCCUAGGUAAUAUGCAGAAGUCGAAUCACCGCAAUCGGCAGGGUUACCACUAUCAACCAAUCGCCUCAACCUCCCGGCAAAGUCCCACGUUCGUGCUGGACGAGGAUGCGCUGCCGGGCCCAUCGUCCCGCUCGCUCGACUACUCCAGUGCGUGAUGAUGUACUGCACCGAUAUUGGGGCGUACUGGGCGGUGGAAUGGUGAGCCGGCAGCAUCGGUCCGCUGGUGGUGGGGGUAUUGGUUUUAUCAAAUAUCCGAGGCGUUGGUUUCCGUUUCUAGAGACGUUUGUCUGUUAAGUAUUUCCUAUAAGUAUUAAGAACGCAGCCACAGUCGCACACAGCCACACACCACAUACUCACACACACACACAACUACAACAUUCGCUGUUGUUUCAGUGCAAUUUUUCGUAGUUUGCUGAAACAAUCACACACACACACAGACACAUUCACACUUAGCUCCGAGCGGCAAAAAAAGGGAGCGCUCCAUUUGUUGGUAAGAGCGGAGUGGGAGGUGGUAGAACUUCGACGAGACAAAACGAUUAAACGAUACCCUCGACAGGAAUAUGUCGACAGGAGUGUCUUACCGGUAGCGCCAUUUGAUGCGAAGGCAAAUGUAUGUUUUACCCAGACAUUUUAAGACCCUGGCGUGGUGUAGGCUGGAUGACGUUUGCUAGAAUAUAAGCUGCAGUUGGGCCACGUGGACAGGGAUAAAGUAUAACCGCUAGCCCAACAGUAACAUCGGUUUUAAUGCGAAUGGGUUAGUACGUUUGUUACAAUAUUUGGAUUCGUCUAUAGGUCGGUUAAACAAGGCACCUGUUAAUGAAAGUAAAAACAAGAAGAAGAAGAAGAAACGACCAGACAAACAACACACCAGCAAAACCGACAUCGAGCAAUCGUAGCAUCAUCCCUAUUCAGUUGCUCGUAGGCAUCGGGGGAAAGCGUUACUGAAUUGCUUCCAGUAGAUCUCUGACGACAACCUUCUGGCACAAAACUUACAAUACACACACAAAACACGCAGACACAUCCAUCCUUAACACUGUUAGAGCACACUACAGCCAGCUCCAAAUUAGCUUUUAUUAUUUCGUCUUUCGGGUUUAAUACUCUUCAUUGGAGGAUUCACUUCUAAAUCGACUCCCCCCGCAACUGGAGCGAUCAACAGAAAGCUAAAGAGGGCAUAGAAACUCUCUUUUUGUUUAGCAUCUCAGCGCCCGCAUAUAACUUGCUAUCGUAACCUCGUUAUCUAUAUUUAAAAAACAAACAAACGAUCCGGGUAUCCAGGUACUAUACUGACAAGAGGUCACCCAGAGUACUGCUGCGAGUACUCCCCCUCGAAACAAACAUAGAAAUACUCUAGCGUCCGUCCUAUUUUCCCAACAAAGAAGAAGAGCAGAAGAAAAAGAUACCGAAGCACGAGGCACGAGGUAGUAGAGGAACGAAGAAUAAUGAUAACAAUAUAUUUUUGUACCGACAUCUUUUCUGCAAGCCCGUUUUCAUUUGUCUGCCUUCGUACCGUGUGUGAAGCCAGUUUAAGUAGCCCGUAGUAGAGAUAGUGCUAGUGCGAGAACCGGAAGAGAUCAAACCGUUCGAACGUUCGAAUGGUAGGUGAACAGUGCGUAGCUUCUGAGAAGGAUUUAUUUGGCUCUUUCUUUGUUUUUGGGGUCUUAUCUACUACUCAUCUCUACUAUCCCCGCACUCUCCUAGUGUAGCUGGUUUUGCUUAUAGGUGUGUGGAAUUAGAACAGCUCUAUCAAUAGUGAACCGCGAUUGACGUUCACCCUUUGGUUUCACAUUCAGAUAGAACAGUGAUCCAUUAUUUCAUUCGCGCCCUUUCUCAUCUCUUCCCUUUUCUAUCUAUUUCUCUCCAUAAUCUGCCGUCCAAUAAAUAACACAAGUUGCUGUUUUAGUAGCCUGCAAACGUGUCGGGCGAUAUCGGGUUUUGCAAGAUGCAGUAGCAGAAAGCAGGGUUCAUCUCCUUAGUGUACUAGAAUCGUUUGGUAGUACAGCCGCAACCACUCUAAGUGAGCCUGUUACAGCAAAAGAUACGACAUUGUGCAAUAGAUAGAGAUGAUGAUGUGAUCAUUCAAAAACAAAAAAACGAAUCGUUUAUUGCGUUCUUAUUAGUGACGCUUGUGCGCAGCAACGCGAUUUCAUUUGAAUGGCGCACAGUAGGAUUGAUCUGUUGGGACAAUAAUUGUAACUUACAGCAAGAAGACAAAAAUAAUCCUUCCUUUCAGUACGUAAUGCAUGGGCCUGCAGUCCCUUUGUUUCGGUACAAUGGUAUCCCGAAAAAACAAAUGAUUCGACAAACGAAAAACAACAAAGACAUGAUAGAAAACACACCAAUGAGGUCGCGUCAAUCGAAAAAGCAAUAGAAUCUCUCUGUAUCUCUCUGUCUCUGUGUUUAUUAUCCUACUAUCCACUAUAUCGGUGUUUUUGUGUUAUAUUAUCGUUUAGCGCCUUUUGAUUUGUUUCAUUGUCCAAUUUUGUGUAUUUACUUAGCCCGGUAGCCGGUAGGAUACAACCAUUGCUGUAUCUAAAACGUAAGCGGAGAAUGAUCAAGCAGAAGAAACCACAUAUAAUCGACAAUAAUCCACAUAACCCCGAUGAAAGAUGGACAUCGUGACGCAUCGCAUAUAUACUAAUAAUAUAUAUCACAAGGAUUUCGGUUCCAAAAACCGCCCAUUGACCCCCUUCUUCUCCCCCCGGCAUUUAGUGUACGCGUAUAACAGCGACUACGACACUGUUAUAUGUAGCACACACGCACACAUACACACCAACACAAACGCUGUUCACAUGGCACCGUUAAAACCACUGCAGGCAAAUGCCCUUAAAACACGCCAGCAAGGAUAUAGGCGCACACAUUAACCAUUACAUUCGCGUGGGCAAACUCGACGGACCUGUUUUCGUUGUAACUUUGCAAAGUUUAGAUAAGUUUCAUUUACCCUCUCCCGUGUGUCCCGUGUGUUUUAGUGUCGUUUUAGUUUGAAUUCGUUACAAUUCUCAGGAAAUCAGGUGUUCUAGAUGUUGAUAGUGAUAAAUACGUAGCUCCGGUGCAAAAAAGGUAUACAACUCGCAAGCACACACGAUCGUCCCUGUCCCUGUUCCACUCCCGCGUGGAAAUUGUGCCCGAAAGUAGAUUAAGGUUAUUCGGGGCGAUUUUUUUACAUUACCAGUUUGUUGUACAUUUGGGAGGUAAAUGGGUAGUUUUUAUUCUUAAUAGUAACAACGCACAAGCCAAACAGCAAACGGUGUAGUAAUAAGUUUGGCAUUUAUGUUUUAGUGUAUCUGAGUUGUUUGGAGUACUGUUGCAGCUGUUCUGCGUUAAAGGAACGUCCUUUGUUAGUCGUCCCCCCCCCCCCCCCCCAGUCGAAAGCCGCUGCCCACUAAACGAAGCAUUUAACCCAGAAGCAUUUCAGUUCGCGCGAUAAAAGCUAACGCUGUCCCAGUUCUCAGGCUCGUUGCAAACACGUGAGGUCGUGAGAUUUGUACAUAGUUUAGUUGUUAGAUAGUUUUGCGAGAACAAAAAUUUAGGACGCAAACGAUGACGUUAAGACGUAGACAAACACACACGUACACACACACACACACACACACACACACACACACACACACACACACACACACACACACGUACAUGUACACAGAUUUGUAGGCGCAAUUUCCGGCGAUCAAUUCCGGAGCAAGCCAAGUUUGAGGCAUUUUCAGUAGAUCGCAAAACUGGUCGCAAAAAACACAAACACACACGUCGCGAUCGACGAAACCCCGAUCACGGAUGGAAGAUAAAGGGGAUGGUGUGGAAAACUAAUGAAAUACUGCCAAAGAAUUUUGCUAACGAAGCGGCCACCUCGCGUUCGUUAGUGUUUAGUGUACUAAACUGAUAAAUUGUAGCGUCGGUCUGUGAGGCCUAAAACAGAGAGAGAAAGAGAGAGGAUAGAGAGAACAUUCAUAUGGAAAUGUGUAUUGGCACAGGUAGAACAAAGCAUUGGAAACGGUAGAAUAAAAGGAAGCUACGAGCCCCCGUGCUCGUCAUUUAGGAAAAUGGAAAAUUCAGUCAACUAGCGGAGCAUUAUUAGUAGAUUUUUUAGUAACACGAUUAGUAACAGAUAGCUGAACGUUUUGGAUAGAGAUCAGCAGACAACAGAAAAAAUGAAACAGCAACAAAAAAAAAUACAUCGGUGGACGUAAUUUUGGGUCGUGUAGGGUACCGUCGUGUGGUUGUUCGUUUUUGGUUUUGAUUUUUUUUUAACUUUAACUAGACGGACAGGCACAGUUAUGCCUUUAUAAGGGGGCCGAAUGUCGGUUUUCAAGUGACAUACGCGUCCCGGAUACGCAAAGGAGUGAUAAACAAACGUAAACCACAACAGAGAGAGAGAGAGAGAGAGAGAGAGAGAGAGAGAGAGCGAAUAAACAAAAAGAAAAAUAAACCCCAUGAUAUCAGUAACGAUAGUAGCCAUAUGUAACGCUAGGUUGUUAAUAGAUGAGUUUUCAAACAUUUUCAUUUCAUAAAUGCCACUAGCAAUCCAAUCCGAUCGGCCAUAGGAAAUAUUUUACAGGGUAAACGAUAAAGUUUCGUUUCGAAAAAUGUGAUUAAAAGUAUUACUGAAUGCAAAGAACAAGAAAAAAAGACAGAAAGAGAUAGAGAGAAACAAAAAUAAGGUAAAAUAACUUUACAACAAACCUUGUGCGUGCACCGUGCGUGCAACGAUAUGCAGAUGAAAGAGCAUAUAUUUGAGAAACAAAAAAAUAGGAACACAAGAAUUGCCAUUGGAAGUGUAGUGUACAAGCAAAUAAUCGUAGGAAUAAUAAACAAGAACAACAACAACAAAACAAAGCACACAAAAACAAAAAAAGAACAAACACACACACGUACCGUCAUUUAUCGAAACAGAAAUGAAAUGGGCAAUGAUGAUAAUCUAAUAACAAAAAAGAAAAAAAAGAUUUAAAAAUAAUUUAAAAAAUGCAUACACACGCAAAAACAACAAUACUGUAGAUAGAUUUGUUAAACGACAGAGAGCGCAUUACAGAUAAAAGUGAACUAUACACAAUUAAACGAUACAGAAACAGAAACUCACAUUCCUACAACAUUGGUGUUGUAAAUAGCAGCAAAUAUAACACAGAAACACACAGAACGUACUACAAACAGUUGGUAAAGACAAUUAAAAAUAAGGGGAGGGGGAGAAAGAAGAAUGCGUACAGCGGUACAAGAUGAACAAAGCCAUAAAGAAUGAAAGUCACUAACCGAAGCAUAGAGUCCAAUUGUUGAUGAAAAUUGGAAGAAAAGGUAACAUGUCAUGUUUUGAUUCAAGUACUCUCAACCUUCUAAUCGGUAAAGAGCAUUUGAUUUAUGGUUGUUUGAUUGAUUUGUGUUUGAUAGCUUAUUUGCAUGAUCUGUUACUAUCAUUUCCUUACAUGCCAUACAGUCUUAAUAACUUAAUAAACACAAUAUAUACAAAAACCAAAUACUCCGUUGUUAACCCUUGCCGCCAAACCAUCCAUCCAAACCCCCUUCACAUAAUCAUGGUACGGAAUGUUUGCAACUCCUCGUGUGCCGCUGUACGUGCAGCGUGCCGCACACUGCGUACCGCAGUAAACAAACAAACUUUAAUCGAGCAAAUUCUUAUAAGCAAUUUGAGAACGCGUACGCGUAAACGCAGGAAAUCGUCACUCGUAUCGGUGGAAAUCCUGGCUAACGGUGGAUUUUUAAAACGGUACUGAUACUGAAAUGGGAAGGAAAAGAAUGAUGAUGCUACUACUAACAACAACGUAGUAAAGACACAGUUAAGCGUAACGAUCGAGCACAAUUAGCGAAUCGAUACAGCAAAGCAUAGAGCAAUGGGCAACGCGUACAGAAAGAGAUGUAUGUGUAAAAGUGAACAGGAAGUAAAAACAACAACAAAAAAAAAACAAACGGUUUUUCAAUCAAAUUUAUAUAGGGUGAAGUGCCUAAUG